UUCCAUCUGCUCCAAUCCAAUUCCGGCUCCUGCUGCACCUCCACCUCCUCUCCUCUCCUCUCCUCUCCUCUCCUCCUGGCACACACUGGCAGCCAGCGCCAAGAUCCAAUCCAAAUUUAGCGCAACCGCAUCUCUAUUUCUAUCUGACAAAUCCAACCUCCCCUCCUCCCACGCACACGGAGGAUCGGAAGCGGAGAAUUCGCCCUUAUAAACCAAUCAAAGCAUCCAAGAAAGCAAAGCAAAAGCAAUUUGUUUGUUCGUCCGAUCGAGAGAGACAGCAGGAAUCGGAGGAUCGCAUCCAUGGCGGCGGUGAUGGUUGCUCGUCAAGGUCGGGAGCUGCAGCGGUACAGCGCGAGCACGGGCGGCCGCGUCGUGGUGGGCUGCGUGCCCUACCGCGUGCGCAACGACGGCGGCGGCGAGGUGGAGGUGCUGGUGAUCAGCUCGCAGAAGAAAGGCCCCGCGGGGGGCGUGCUGAUCCCCAAGGGCGGGUGGGAGCUGGACGAGUCCAUGGACGAGGCGGCGCGGCGCGAGGCCGCCGAGGAGGCCGGCGUCGUCGGCGAGACCGGCCCGGCGCUGGGCCGCUGGUGCUACCGCAGCCGCAGCUACGACGCCACCUACGAGGGCUUCGUGCUCCCGCUCCGCGUCACCAGGGAGCUCGACCGGUGGCCCGAGAUGGCCGCCAGGCGCAGGGAGUGGGUCUCCGCCGCCGAGGCCAUCGCGCGGUGCCCGCACCUCUGGAUGCGCGAGGCGCUCCAGCGGUUCGCCGACACCGUCGCGGCGGAGGCCACGACGCACCUCGCCUCCGCGCUGUAGGACGUCCGUCGGGUUGGCUGCGCGUGUCGGCGGCCUCGCGCGUUUUUCGCCCGCGCACGCACGGACGCGCGCGCGGGGCCGCCGACGUCGUCGGCGAACUGGCACGAGGACGCGGCUUGUACAUUGUUCUUGGGUGGUGGUGGGGGUAGUAGUUGGGAUUUCACAACUUGUAAAUCUCACGAAGUUUAACAAGAUUCACUGUGAUACUAGUAUACACGAAGAUGAAACGAACGAUAGUAAAACGAAGAUUCACAUUCACCAAUUUGACUUUAAUUGCUCUUUGUUGCAAGGACGCUGUGCUCAGACAGUUCGUGCACUGAAUUUUCAUUUUUCAUUUUUGAUUUAUUCUAAGUUACU